GCCCUUACCAGAAACUGGCGUUGACGCUCAGGUAUAGAAACAGGCUGUGCAGCGGCCUCUCCCACACCAACACACUCUGCCAAUAAGUCAACACGGGCUCGUAAUGACCCAGAAUGCGGAGAAGCUGCUGCUGCCGGAGCCGGUGCUCAGACUCGGGUUGUGGGGCCGGGGCUGAUUCCCGAUCGCUGCCCUCAGGCCCCGCACUCGCUCGCUCAGCCGCCAUCUUGGUGACGCUCUGUCUGAAUGUGAAUAUUAAUAGUCUUCAUGAAUAUUGACAGAAACAUAUGAAUAUUAAUUAUCCAUGGUUAUAUCAUUGAAAAAAAUUAAAUAAGCAUCGAAUCGGCUCGUGAAGCCCGAAAACACUGGUUCAGAAAGUUGUAAAUACACACACGUCCCGGUUUACUUUGCUGAGUAAGCUGUAUAAAAUCGAGAUGAAUCUGAGCUGACAUUCGGAUAAACGAGAAUGGGAUCGGUUUGACAAUACGCUAUAAACGGACCGCGGGUGUUACUCUGCGCAUGCUCUAUGCAGUUGGCGGGACGAGCGGCGGCGAUGCCUCGGGAAAUUAUCACUUUGCAGCUCGGCCAGUGUGGCAACCAAAUUGGCUUUGAAUUUUGGAAGCAGCUUUGUGCAGAACAUGGUAUCAGUCCUGAAGGAAUUGUUGAAGAAUUUGCUACAGAGGGUACUGACAGGAAGGAUGUCUUCUUCUACCAGGCAGAUGAUGAGCACUAUAUCCCAAGGGCUGUUCUACUGGACUUGGAACCUCGUGUGAUUCAUUCAAUCCUAAAUUCACCUUACGCAAACCUGUACAACCCAGAGAAUAUCUACCUGUCAGAGCAUGGAGGAGGUGCAGGCAACAAUUGGGCCAGUGGCUAUUCCCAGGGUGAGAAAAUCCAUGAAGAUAUUUUUGAUAUUAUUGACCGAGAAGCUGAUGGCAGUGACAGUUUGGAGGGCUUUGUGCUGUGUCAUUCCAUUGCUGGUGGGACAGGUUCUGGGCUGGGGUCCUACCUCCUCGAGAAGUUAAAUGACAGGUACCCAAAAAAACUGGUGCAGACUUACUCUGUGUUCCCUAAUCAGGAUGAGAUGAGUGAUGUAGUAGUGCAGCCUUAUAAUUCACUACUGACGCUAAAGAGACUGACUCAGAAUGCGGAUUGUGUGGUUGUUCUUGAUAACACGGCGUUGAAUCGGAUUGCAACAGACAGGCUUCAUAUUCAGAACCCCUCUUUCUCUCAGAUCAACCAGCUGGUCUCCACCAUCAUGUCUGCAAGUACCACCACACUGAGGUACCCUGGAUACAUGAACAAUGAUCUGAUUGGGCUGAUUGCCUCUCUCAUUCCCACUCCAAGACUGCACUUUCUUAUGACAGGCUACACUCCGCUUACCACUGAUCAGUCGGUCCCGAGUGUGCGGAAAACAACAGUUCUGGAUGUCAUGCGAAGGUUGUUGCAGCCAAAAAAUGUGAUGGUGUCCACUGGCAGGGACAGACAAACUAACCAUUGUUAUAUUGCAAUUCUAAAUAUUAUCCAAGGAGAGGUGGACCCUACUCAGGUACACAAGAGUCUACAAAGAAUAAGGGAGCGGAAGUUGGCCACCUUCAUUCCAUGGGGCCCAGCAAGUAUACAGGUGGCGCUAUCACGCAAAUCCCCUUACUUGCCUUCAGCCCAUCGUGUAAGUGGCCUCAUGAUGGCUAACCACACCAGCAUCUCCUCACUGUUUGAGAGAACCAGCAGACAGUAUGACAAGCUUAGAAAGCGAGAAGCUUUCUUGGAACAGUUUCGCAAAGAGGACAUGUUUAAGGAAAACUUCGAUGAGCUGGACACUUCUCGAGAGAUUGUGCAACAAUUGAUUGAUGAGUAUCAUGCUGCUACCCGUCCAGACUAUAUCUCCUGGGGCACCCAGGAGCAGUAAAAUAUAACUUUAAUAGGCAACAUUACAGAGUUAUUCUGAUUUGAUAAAUAACUUCUAUACGUAUCUCUGUCUGCUCUUUGUGUGAAGAAUUGAAUAUCACCAAGCAAGGCAAAUGUACAACAAGCCCUCAAUCAGGCCAGCAUUGGUCUCAUGUGUAUAACACUGUCCCAUACCAACACCAGACAUGUUGAAAGAAAAAUUGUGUGAAAUGUAGUAAUUCUGACAUUAUUUGGAUAGCUGUACCUGUGUAACUGAAUCUCAGUUAAUUUAGUAAUUCACUGUUGCACACUUCUCUGCAGGUUUGAUUGCAGCAGUGUGAGCAACAUAUUGCAUAAAUGUGGAGUCAGCUUUGUGUAUACAUCACUCUGAAAAGACCUGCCUAGAUGCUACAGUUAAGAAAAUCUGCCCUAUUUCUUCAUAAGCCUUUUUUAAAAAAAACAAAAGUUUGCAACUUUCUUUUAAUAAAUUUUGGCGAGACUGUAUUUCAA